AUGAUAUUUAUAUCAAAUUAUAAAAUAAUAAAAUAUAAUCGUACACGUGAUCAAACAAUGUGUUUAAGACGACAACCAUAUACAAGAAAACAUUGUCAAGAUCAUGGUUGUAUUGAUGAUUAUAAAAAUAAUUUUAUUGAUAAAUCAUGUGCUAAUGAAGAAUUAAUAUUAGAGAAUUGUGAAAAAUAUUGUCAAUAUAAACAUCAAUGUCUCAAUGAAACUGAGCAAAUUAUUUUACUAGUACCAAUUUUAAGAGAACCGCAAUUAAUUGAGAUAUACAUAAAGAAAUUUUCUCGAAAACAACAAUUAUCAAAAUAUAAAAAUGAAUUCGUAAAACUUAUUGCAUUAAAUUUUGCUGCUGUUAGAGAAAAAGCACCUAUCGUACAGGUAUAUGAAGGUUAG